GAAUUCACACCUUAGUGGCACUGAUUUUCUUUAAUCGAUGAAGAAGAUGAAGAAGAAAUCACCUAUUGUCACUCUGAAACAGUUCAUCUUCACCGUGGCUCCUCUAAUCGAUGUGGAAAAGGAAACUGAGAUAUCCGCCUCUAUCUCUUCAUGGGCAUCAAGGAAUUUGGAUGGUUCUCAAAGAGGGGUUCCACAAUUCUCAGUUUGUAGUGAGUUGUGUGUUGUAUCAUUUUCUGUAACUGUGGAGAUUGGAGAUGAUGAAUUUCCCCUUUUUUUGGCAAUGCAGUUUGGCACCCAUGAUGUAGCUGUACUAAAACUGAACAUGGCUGAUUCAGGAGCUCUUGGACAAGGUGUAGUUUACUGGCUAAAGGAUUCUUUAAUCACUGUUGCUUUUGAUAAUAUCCAAGAAGAAGAUUUAAACAGUCCGUUACAUCUAGAAAAAGAGUCAAAUGGGGGCUGGUGUGUCAACAACUUUGGUGCAUCUUCUUGCAAACUGGAGAAUACUUCAUUUGAGUUGGUUAUUACUUAUGAAGCUGCUCUGUCACUUCAAAUAGCAUCCUGGAUGGCUCUACUAAAGGAGACCAUCUUUAACUUCCUCCAAUUAUCCACAGAGUGUUGAAGCUGAGAGGAAAGAGUUAGGAAGAACCUUCUCUGAAUGCUAGGCAGAACUUCUAUGG